GGCUGAGUCCCGGGCGGUGUGAGAGUGUGUGUGGAGCUGAUCCACGGUCGGAUCUUUCCAAGGGCACCGGGCUGAGGAGCGACUGACAAGGAGCAUGUUCCUGCGUGCCCAGCCCCCGCCUCCCUCUCUCGUCAUAGGCGCUGCCUCGUAUCAAUCAACCGUGCCAGCCAAUCACAGGACUGUGCGACAUCAAAGAGGCGGGACAUGACAUUUAACAGUUGAAUAUUACCUGUUGUUCGUCUUCUUUCGUCCUCCUCCUCAUCUCCUGCUGAAGUGAACGAGCAGAGAAAAACUUUCUACUGAUACAGUUUGUAAACAGUCAUCAUGGAACUGGACGGAUGUGGCAACGUGUGCAUUUUGAUCAUCGUCCUUUUCAACAUCGCCCUUGCUGUGGUGGGCUCUGCCUUUUUGAGUCUCGGCCUGUCUCUCAGGUUCAACGCUUACACCGGGGUCGCCUUUGAAAUAGAGAGCCUCAAUUCAUGGGUGUUUGUUGUUGAUGUGAAGAUUAUCAUCGUGCUGGGUUCGUUCAUGUUGAUCACGGUGCUGUUUGGAUUCUGCGGCAGCUGCUCUAGGAAAAAAUGGGCUCUGGAGACGUUCUCUGUAUUCCUGUCCCUUCUUUUUUUUGCUGCAAUGGGCCUACUGGGUCUCACUUUUGGGAAAAGCGAUGCGGUUGGAUGGAACAUUAUGGAGUUCUACAUCACCAUGUAUACUCUGUACGAUGGAGCAGAUCCAGUCAUUGGCACCGCCCUCAGAUUCAUCCACUACUCGCUUCACUGCUGUGGAGUGACGGGCGUCCGGCUGUUAGAGACGACCUGUCCCAAGCCAAGUGGAUUUUUGGAGCACAUCGUCAUGCCUAAUUGUCCAGUGGAGAUCGCAGGCUUGUUUGACAGAAAAGCUCCUCUGAUAGGUUUCCUCUUUGCAUCUGCAGUUCUUCUGAUCAUACCUAUAAUUUGCAGCAGUAUCCUCUGCAAAAAGACCCGGGCUCCCGUUUCCCAACCUCAGUACACUGUCAUGACUAACUACGCCCUGGCUACCCCUCAACCAUUACAGCAGGGAUUUGGCCCCGCCUCCUGCUCCUACCCCAACCCUCAACCAUUACAGCAGGGAUUUGGCCCCGCCUCCUGCUCCUACCCCAACCCGGACUCGGACAUUUUUCCUCUUGUCACUGUCGCUGAUGCCCCUGUGGUUAAGGCCUAGUUUACUCAGUCUUGAUUUUGGGUCUCUGCGCUUUGGCAUGGAGAAUUAAAAUGCAUGUUUUCCUCAGCCUGGUUAUUAAAAGGUUUCAUCAACUCACUUUGAAGGAGGAAUUUACCGUAUAUGGACAAACACACCGUCACAUUAAGGCUACACAUACUAUUACUUCGGAAAACGUCUUUGACGUGAGCGUUUUGGGUUCGAAUCAGUUUUAAUUGCCAUCCAUAUUAAUAUGCCUGAAAAUACAAAUCAUGUGACCGCCCACGUACACUGAUGUACAUAGGAAUUGCUUAAAUAACAUCUCAGCUCCUCUUCUAGAAAGGGAUAAUGGGAUCCUGACGGAUCAGAGGACGCUAUGUUGUCAUGGAAAAGACCCAAUCAGCAAGUGGCUGUGUCUAUGACAUCGUUUUCCAAAUAUCUCAGUUUCAGCUCUUCCAGACAAAACCACGGAGUCAUCACACUGAACUGGGGCCAGCGGCGUUUCUAAAAGCUUCUCAGUUAAAGCAGCUCUAAAACUCCAGAGUAGUUAUAUAAUAAUAACUUUAUUUGAAAAGCACUUAUCCCAACAGGGCUACACAGUGCUUCUCAAAUUCCAAAGGAAAAAGUGAGUGAAUUAAAAUGAAUGGUAUUUAAUUCUGUCCAAUUGUAAGCGCCAAAUCGUAGCCUAGGUCAAGACCUUGACAUUUAUACAGAGCCACAGCAGUCCAGCACCCCCCAUCCCCCGUUUAAUACAGCUGGGAGGUGGAUGGGAGACUGUAUCCAUGUUACAAAGUGAGAGCAGCUCUGGUACUUUAGUUUUUUUGCAUUUUAUCUUUUAUGUGAGAAAUAUCUGCUAUGUUAAAAAUAUAUGUACCAAUGUAAAGGGAUCAUUUUCUUUUAAAUCCUUUGAAGCCGUGUGGUUUUUUUUCUUUUGUCAAACCGACUUUUAAACAUUUCCAAUGGCGUAAAGCAUUAAGCCUUCCUUUGAAUGGCAGUUUGAUAACAAAGAUGAAGACCUUAGUAUUAAAAUAAAUAUUUUUGUACUUUAAAUCCCUAAUUCCUUUUUUCCUGUCAAAAGCUUCUGGGGAUUCUCAUUCUGUUUACUAUGUCUUGGUAAAAAUAACAUUUCAUAAUACUUUUUUUUUUCUAAAUGUGUUUCUUAUGUCUUCACUUGUUUACUUGUUGCUGUAAAAUGACUAAAGUGGAGUGAAGUGUUGUAAA